UCAAAGAAGUACAGACAGAGAGGAUACAGGAGCCGUGUUAGAAACAACGGAGGGAAACGUCCAAAACCAGUGGACACAGAAAAAUGGCCGUAGGACAGCUUAAUCACAAUACUGGUGGCACAGCAUUAGCUUAGCGGCAAAGGUGAGCUAACAGCUACUGGCUUAGCUGCUAGGUAACAAUGAGUUUUCCCAAAAGGAAGUUAGCGCAAAUUAGACUGUGAGGCUGGAUGUGUGAUCAUGGAGACCAGAGGUGAUGAUGAGGUUGCAGAUGGCCAAAAUAUUCAGGCAACUAACGCUAACGCAUGUCCCUACGAGUCCAGAGAUGAGACGUCCAAUGACAUGGCUGUGGUUCAUCUGACUGGGCUGGUGUCUCCAGAGAACAUGGAUGUGGAUGAAGAGGGUUUGUUCAAACACUCCACCACUCUGACCAACAAACAGCGUGGGAAUGAGAUUACAGUUCGCCCAGCAACAUUAGACUCUCUGUCUAUCCACCAGCUGGCAGCUCAGGGCGAGGUUUCACAAGUGGCUGCACAUCUGAGUAAAGACAGUUCAUUGCUCAGCAAACAGGAUGAACGGGGCUUUACACCUCUAAUGUGGGCAGCAGCGUUUGGAGAGAAAGCAAUGGUGGAUUUUCUCUUGGAAAAGGGUGCAGACCCCAAAACAAUCGCAAGGGAGCGAGAGAGUGCCCUGACACUGGCCAGCUCUGGAGGUUAUGUGGACAUUGUCGAGUCUCUUCUCAGACAUGGAGUAGACAUUAACACUUACGACUGGAAUGGUGGAACUCCUCUUCUUUAUGCUGUACGAGGGAACCACAUCAAAUGUGUAGAGGCACUCUUAGCCAAAGGAGCAGACAUGACCAUCGAGUCUGAUUCUGGGUACAGCCCAAUGGCCUUAGCUGUUGCCCUUGGACACAAAAAGAUUCAGAAAGUGUUGGAGGACCAUAUUCUGAAACUCUACAAGCCAACACCAACACCGACAUGACACUAGUUAAAAUAAAUAAAUGGAAG